CAUAUAGGUCUGUCUAUACAGAAAAUGACUUUCAUUUAAUAAUGUGUUAUUAAUUCCAUUUAGAAAUUUCCUCUUAUUUAAUAAUGUGUUCUUUUAGACAUCAAAUAACUAUAUCAUGAUGAAGAAAGCACCAAUCCUGUCAUUGUAUGUGAAUCAUGACCACUCAUGACAACACAACCAGACUUUUUUUUUUUUUCAGAGAUAAUUGAGAACACAAGUAAAACAAUCAGAUUGUUUUUUUUGGAUCAUCUCACAUCACACAGUUGCACUCAAGGUUCAUGCAGUUAGAGUACAUGAACAAAAUUGCAAUAGACAUUUAAAUUAAUGAAGUUUGCUAACCUAUUGGUCCUUCAAGACUCAUUUCUUAUGGCAUAACUUUUUUCCCAAGUUAAUACCGAAAUAGAACUGUGUUGUUCUGUUACUGUUAUGUUUAAAGUCAUGGGAAAAAGACUAUAGAUCUACUCCACACUCAACUAGACAUGUCCCGGAGAAGUACUUCAAAGAAUCAAAGAACCUGUCUGUCUGUGUACUAACUCCAUGGAGACAAAUCAGACUGGUCUGCUUCAUAAAAAGAACCCUUUCUCUCUUCUCCCUUCAAGGGGGUGAGAGAGAGAGAGAGAGAGAGAGAGAGAGGCAGAAAAAGAGAGUGAGUAUAGAGUGAAUAAUGUAACCGGGUAAUAUGGUGCUGUUUAUGUAAUGCAGAUUCUAGGCCAGGAGGGGAGUUCAUCCAUAGUUCAGUGGUGGCACAGCAGGAUAAAAUUCUGAUCAAAUUGAGUCUAGUCUGCCCAUUAUAUUCAGUACUUUAGAACUCUUCAGCAUUCCUCAUAAACCAGGGCUUUGUCUCUAGGUAUGGCUGUAGUCAACAACAUUUAACUGUCUUUUAUUUUCCUACUGUGAGAACAGACACGUUCAUUAUGCAGCCUGAAAGAGUAGUGAGCAGUUUAGCACUUCACAUCUUAAGACCGAGAUGUUCAUUACCGUCAUAUUUGGUGAGGGAAGAGAAGAGAUAUUGAACCUAAAUUGCAAGAUUAUAAACUUCAUCCACUGUAUAAAAGAAAAAUGCAAUCUGGAUCCCCAAGAGACUGUGGACUUGAUGGACAGGACGGGAGAGCUGGUGAACUUGGCAGAGAGAGCGCAGAGCACAGACCUCGUCAGCAGUUUGCUGAAGGAGAGAGAGAGCUAUAUUCCAUUACGUGUGUCAAGAGGUGAAAGCGGUGAAGGUCCUAAGUAUUCUGCAGUGUAUGACUUUGGCACAAGUUACCCUGAGCUAGCAGAGAUUCUGAGAAAACUGUCGAAUCCUUCAAAGGAGAGGGACAGAAAGGGUGGAGCAUCUAAAAGGGGAGGAGUCAGUCAAAACCGCAUCAAAGCUGCUAUCAACUUUAAGAAAGCCAUCACAACACCUCGGAGCUGAAACAGUGAUCUUUUACACUGUUGUCAAAAUUUUACUUAAAUAUAUUGUGCUACUCUUCUGUUAUAUCAUUUCUAUCAGUAUGAAGAAUACAUUUUGUUUGUGUAUAUUCAAAACAAUAUUCAUAUUCAAAAAUUGUUCAAAAGUUUGGAGUCAGUAAGUUUUUUUUUUAAAGAAAUUAUUACUUUUAUUUGGCAAAGUGAUCAAAAGUGA